AUGAAGCGUGGAACAUCAGCCAUCUUUACAGGAGGCGAGGCUGAUGCCGAUGAUGGUGACAACAGUGCCACUGCUGCCCGUGUACCUAAAGCUGUGAAGCAGCAUAGCAUCGUCGAGGACUCCGAUGAGAAAACGAUCCUUGGUCCAUCCUGUCUGCGUGAAGCAUUCAAGUGGCCCGUGGACAUGGUUUCCAGCAUCGUUGAGAAUGAUGAUAGGAGAAAACGCUUGACGGAUUCCAUAUUGCACUGCAAAUGGACAAUGACCUCCAGCUACUCUGGCCUUUGCACAGAGGAAUGCGCGUUCCGAGCGAUCCAGGCAGGACUUCGAGCGCAUGCAGAGCAGCUGGGGCUGCGUGAAAAUGAUGACAAUGACAAGGCGGAGGUGCUGGCCAUGGAAUUCGAGAGUGCUUGUGAUGCAGAUGGCUUCUGCCAAGCCUUGGCUUUGGCGGUUCCUGCUGCACGACAGCCCCAGCAUUUCUUCCACCAGCUAGAUGACUGUCUGGUAGAUGAGGUGCAGCAACGUUUGAAUGAAAUGGAGACAUCUUUGCCAUCGCUCAAAAAUCUGGGCCAGGCGAAGCAAGUUCGAGCAACGAGGCUUCAACAGCGUAUUGAGAUCUAUGACAACAUGGGACAGUAUCUGCUGCAGAAGUGUGCAGAGCCUGGAAGCAUCAUCAGGACGGAGUGCUUUUGCGUGAAACACUUGCAGAACUGCAAGUUGAGUACAGCCCGUGCUGAAGCUGAGGCUGCUCAGACAUCCACAGGAGCAGAUGCAGCAUCCACCCCCGGCAGGCGCCACUCCCUGGAAGUGGCAGGACUGACAUGCGUUGCUUUUUCCUCCUACGGGAAGCACGAGGGGCUUGGCCAUGAGUCCAUGCGACCUUUCUACACAUGGUGCAUCCUCAUGAGAAGUCGCGAGCCGUCGCUUUUGAUCAUGGAGUCCGCUUCUGCGUUUCCGAAGGAUAAAGUGCGGAUGUUUCUGGAAGACAAGUAUCACUUGGAGUUCGUGGAUCAUCCUGGCCCGUGUUUACACGGGUGGCCCAUCCGAAGGCCCAGAAUGUAUUGUUUGGCUUUCCUACGUUCGCAGGUGACCUUCGUGGGGAGUGCAGCUGAGUAUACAGCUUUGUUCAAGAGGACCGUGGAGAUGGACGGGGAUGCUUUGUUUUGCCUUCCACAGGACCAUGCUCAGGUUGUUCAGGAGCUUCAGCUGCUCUGCAGAAAGCGAGGCUUCCAGAUGACCGAUGAGAUGAAACAGGAGGGCUGGCAGGAGGUCUACACCGCAAAUCAGCAGAACGUCUUGCGACAACAUCGAGCUGCCAUGGAGAAGAAACACAGCGAUGGUGAUGCCAGCCGAGCUUACAUAGUGGACCUGGAUCAGAACGUUGGCUUUGCACAGGCGGGGCCAUGGUGGCCUUGCAUCAUUCGGCAUGGAACGAUCCAUAGUCUGCAGAAGGGCAGGCAUGCCUGCUUGUCCGAGCUGUUUGCCGCGCAAGGAUUUCCAACAGAGCCCCACUUGGAAGCAUGUUACAGUCCUGCAUUUUUGGACAAGGUGAAGGCAUCCGUUGCUCAGCCUGACCCGAGAUGGUCUAGAUCAGCUUGGCACAAGAUGAUCGGUAAUGCCAUGUUCGUGCCCACACUUGGCUCCAUGAUCUUGUAUGCACUGAGCAGCAUUGAGUGGCAACCGGCUACUUUGCUGAAGAUGAGGUCAAGCUUGACAUUCAGUUUUGAAGACAGCCAGCCUCAAGACGAUCUGACAGAAGAGAUGGAAGCUGAUGCUGGAUUAGGAGACUGA